AUGGCCCCGCACUCGGCGUCCGCGGGGGCCCCGCCGCGACUCUUCACCUGGGAAGAGGUGGCGCAGCGCUCAGGCCGCCCGGAGCGCUGGCUAGUGAUAGACCGCAAGGUCUACGACAUCAGCGAGUUUAGCCGGAGGCACCCAGGAGGCUCGCGGGUUAUCAGCCACUACGCCGGCCAGGAUGCCACGGAUCCCUUCACGGCGUUCCACAUCGACAAGGCCUUGGUUCGGAAGUACAUGAAUUCCCUGCUGAUCGGGGAGCUGGCUCCAGACCAGCCCAGCUUCGAGCCCAACAAGAACAAACAACUGACGGACGAGUUCCGAGAGCUGAGGGCCACCGUGGAGCGGAUGGGGCUCAUGAAGGCCAACCCCGUGUUCUUCGGCCUCUACCUGCUGCACAUCCUGCUCCUGGACGUGGCCGCCUGGCUCACGCUCUGGGUCUUCGGGACGUCGCUCGUCCCCUUCCUCGUCAGCGCGGUGCUGCUCAGCACGGUCCAGGCCCAGGCGGGCUGGCUGCAGCACGACUUCGGCCACCUGUCCGUGUGCCGCACGUCCGCGUGGAACCACCUGAUCCACCACUUUGUGAUCGGCCACCUGAAG